AUGCCUCCGAUACUGAUCGUUCCACUCGACCUACGCUUCAUGUUCCGGCGAUUCCAGAAAACGUUCCACUUAUUCUCGCAUCUGCUCCCGCAGCUCUUUUCUCAACCCGUUCCGCGGCUCCUGCACGCUCCUGAUGACGUCAGCAGCUUUCAGAGCACCGGCCAACCGUCUAGAAGCACGGACCGUCCAUGCAACACUGUAGCUGGUAACCCGACGGAGGGUAACCUUACGGAUGAGUAUGGGGAAUCGCUGGCGGCGGGUUACAGCGACGAUGGUUACCAUUUUCGUAGCAUUCCGUCGCGUGAAACCCUAGAGCUGAGCUUCCAGAAUGGCGACGAAUGCGGAAGCCUUUUCGAGUUCGACGCGGGGAACCAUGAGUUUGGGCUCGAGUGGAGCCAUGACGUGGCAGACCAUGACGUGGCAGACGUGGCAGACGUGGCAGACCGUGACGUGGCUGGCCAUCACGAUACAGGCCAUGACAUGGCGAAUCCCAAGGAGCCCAGUUGCGACGGGCAAGGCCCAGUGGUGGUCGAGCAAGGGGCUGUGUCGAACCAAGAAUUGGCAGAUGGAGGGAUGGCAGGCGAGGGGAUGGGAAGAGAAGGGAUUGGAGGGCAAGGAAUGGGAGGGGAAGGAAUGGGAGGGGAAGCGAUUGGAUCACGGGGGAAAGGCCAAGUGGUGGUCGAUCAAGGGGUUGGGUCGAACCAGGAAUUGGCAGAUGGAGGGAUGGCAGGCGAAGGGCUGCGAGGUGAAGAGGUGCGAGGGCAAGGAAUGGGAGGGGAAGGGAUUGUAGGGGAAGGGACUGUAGGGGAAGGGAUUGUAGGGGAAGGGAUUGUAGGGGAAGGGAUUGUAGGGGAAGCGAUUGUAGGGGAAGCGAUUGUACGGGAAGCGAUUGCAGGGGAAGCGGUUGCAGGGGAAGCGGUUGCAGGGGAAGCGGUUGCAGGGGAAGCGGUUGCAGGGGAAGGCCAAGUGAUGAUUGAGCAAGGGGCUGGGUCAAACCAAGAAUUGGCAGAUGGAGAGAUUGGAGGGGAAGGGACGGGAGGCGAAAGGAUGGAAGAUGAAGGGAUUGGAGGCGAAGACACAAGGGUUCGAGAGGACAUUUGGGAGGAAAUCGCGUUAUGGAACGGAAUCAGGGGAGCAACGGCUGGGAUGGAACAGCAGGCUUCCAUGGCUAGUUUGGACGACUCUGAUUGGCUCUGGUACCUCCCGGAAUUUCCAAGGGCAGGUUCUAUGACUACACAGAGGGCUUCUGUAGAAGAUCCGGGGAAGUUUUCGGAUGAAAUUUUGCAGAAAGGGAGUGUGAAUCGCUCAGGGCGGCGAGAUUCGGAGCAGGAGAAGAGGCAGGAAGAGAAGAGGGAUGAAGGGGAGAGGGAACUGGCGGAAGAAUUGAUGGGGGAGUUGAUGGGCCAGGGAGACGAUAUGCUAGUGGAUGUAGGGGGGUAUGUGGCGGUGAGUGCAUGUGCGUCUGCCAGAGGGAUGGAGAUGGGCGCUGAGGGCAAUGGCGAGAUGAUGGGCAUGGGCCAAGGGCAGUUGACGGGCCGGGGAGACGAAAUGUUAGUGGAUGUAGGGGGGGGUGUGGCGAUGAAUGCAUGUGCAUCCCUCAGAGGAAUGGAGAUGGGUGCUGAGGGCAAUGGAACAACGGCAAGCCAUGAUGGCAUGGUGGACGGUCGUGGCAUGGUGGACAGUCGUGGCAUGGAUGCUGGUGGUGCGAUCGGGACGCGUGAUAGCAUGCAUGGUAUGGUGAUGACAGACGGUCAUGGCAUGGGUGCUGAGGGCAAUGGAACAACGGCAAGCCAUGAUGGCAUGAAUGCUGGUGGUGCGAUCGGGACGCGUGAUAGCAUGCAUGGUAUGGUGUUGACAGACGGUCAUGGCAUGGGUGCUGAGGGCAAUGGAACAACGGCAAGCCAUGAUGGCAUGAAUGCUGGUGGUGCGAUCGGGACGCGUGAUAGCAUGCAUGGUAUGGUGAUGACAGACGGUCAUGGCAUGGGUGCUGAUGAUGAUGCUGAGGACAUGCAUGGUCAAGGCAUGCAUGGCAUGGGUGCUGAUGCAAUGGUGGCCUCUAGUGACAUGCAUGGCAUGGUGAUGAAUGGUCAGGGUAUGGGCGCUGAUGGUGCAAUGCUGAGUCAGUAUGGCAUGGAUGGUUCAGGAAUCACCGCAGCAGGGGCCACGGCGGAGGCCUGUGUGAGGCAGAUGCUGCAUGCCUUUGACCCUAUCCAUGGCGCCCUGGCUUCUGCAGGCAACUCUCCUGCUCCUAGCGACUUACCUGCCCCACCUACGAGUUUUCUCCCAGGUCUAUCGGAUCUAUCGGGUCCACCGGGUCUCCCGGGUCUACCGAGUCUCCCGGGUCUCCCGGGUCUACCGGCUCUACCGAGUCUCCCAGAUUUGCCUGAUCUCGCCGUGUUUGCUGCAAUCCACUGGUUUGGGUCAAGGCUCAAUAGCCUGCUAAGUAAGAAGCUUAAUGCAAGAAGUCCCUCGUUCCACGUUACUGCUGCAGCAGCACCCGCAAGCAACCAGCACGGACAGGCCUUCCUGUCGGCACAGAAGCUUCUGCUCCCUUCUAUGCCACUGCAGCCACCGCCCUUGCUGCUGCCGAGGCCAGCGCUGCCAGUAACACCUGUUCCAGUUGCAGCGACGCUGAUGUCUGCACUUCCAGGAUCCACUCUACCUACCUGUCCAGUAUCGCCACCAGUACUGUCACCACCGCUAUUGUCACCAUCACUGCCAUCACCACUGCUGCCACCACAUCACAAAAGCCCAUCUCACGGCAACGGGGGCAAGAGGGAGAGGAGGAGGAAGGAGGGGAGGGAGCGGCGAGCAGUGAGUGCGAGAGAGCAGCUAGGCUUGUCUGGGGCUAGGGGAGCCCUGCCGCAAGCUGCCGCCCAGAAGAUGCUACAGUGGCUGGUGGCGCAUUGGGAUAAUCCGAAACCAUCAAAAGAAGACAAGAUGGAGUUAAUGACUGCAUUCAACAUUACAAAAAAACAGGUCGAAGACUGGUUUGUGAAUGCUCGAGCACGGUUGUGGAAACCUUUGACUGCAAAAUUGUGUGCUGAAAUCGUGAGAGAGCAAAGAAUAUUUGAUGUUGUAGUCAAGGAGGCUGCGGAUACUUACGUUUCCAAACCGGCUGAGAAAGAAGCGCCAGUUUUGAUGACCCCGGAGCUGUUAGCAGAGGCUUAUGAGCGAUGUGGAGAAGUUUGUGCCGAAUACGCCAAGACAUUUUAUCUUGGGACGAAACUGAUGACUCCCGAGAGGCGCCGAGCUAUCUGGGCCAUUUAUGUCUGGUGCAGGAGAACCGACGAGCUCGUGGAUGGUCCGAACGCGUCUCACAUUACUCCGAGGGCUCUAGACAGAUGGGAGGAGCGCCUGGACGAGCUCUUUCAAGGUCGGCCGUACGACAUGCUGGAUGCUGCUCUCUCAGACACCAUCCAGACAUUCCCGAUGAGCAUUCAGCCGUACAGAGACAUGGUCGAUGGCAUGCGGAUGGACCUGAGGAAGUCUCGAUACCGCACCUUUGACGAGCUCUACGUGUACUGCUACAAUGUGGCUGGCACUGUGGGCCUCAUGAGCGUUCCUGUCAUGGGAAUCGACCCUAAGUCCAAAGUGCCGGUAGAGGACGUGUACAAGGCUGCUCUGGACCUAGGCAUUGCCAAUCAGCUCACAAACAUCCUGAGGGAUGUUGGAGAAGAUGCUCAGCGGGGCCGCGUGUACCUUCCUCAGGACGAGUUGGCUCAGUUUGGCCUCUCUGACGAUGACAUCUUUGAGGGCAAGGUGACUGACAACUGGCGCAGCUUCAUGAAAUUCCAGAUUGAAAGGGCUCGCAACUACUUCAAGACAGCAGAAGCAGGCGUGGUUGAGCUUGACAGGCAAAGCAGAUGGCCGGUGUGGGCCUCCUUGAGGCUAUAUGCCCAAAUUCUUGAUGCCAUCGAAGCCAAUGACUACGACAACUUCACCCGGAGGGCUUAUGUUUCGAAGUGGAAGAAGAUGAUGUCACUCCCUGGCACUUACAUUGUUGCUGCAAAGGGGCCCCAGUAG